AUAACUAAAAUUGAAUUGAACUGAAUUGAUAAUACAAUCACUAGUUCAUUCAAAUUAAUUUCUGCAUCCAGAGUACUUUCCUCACAAUUUUUUUAAUAAACACAUUUCUAUUUUCCUUAAGAACCUUCUCUUUAUGUAGUCUAUGGAUAUCAUCUAAAUGAUCCCCACUAUGCACACUAGCCAACUUCUUUCCCAACAUAUUUGCCUUUUCCUUAUCUGUUAUUGCCAGUAUUCCAUCACCCUCUAAUACAGGUAUUUUAGCAUAUACUUUGUCCCCACUCAUUUUCUUCAGCAUUGACCACACCUCUCCUAUUUUAACUUCCCUUCUUAUAGUAGAACAAUAGUUCCUAGUUAGUUACUGAGUCUUUUUCUUCUGACAGUUAAUUAGAUUAUAUUGGUUCAAGUUAUUUCUUAACAUUUUCAUUGCCCUAUUUCGUUCUUUAAUAGCUUCUGUACAUGUAUUGUUCCACAAUGGGACCGUUUUCCUUUUCCCCCCAACUGACUUACAUGGUAUGCUAUUUAAUGCUGCAUUCAAAAUUAAAUGUGAAACUUCUAUGCACAUUCCUCAAUAUCACCCUGCAUUGAAAUGACUCAAAUGAAUACAGCAUAUUUCUUUACAUUUUUCCCAAUGAGGUUUAGCAAAAUCCCACUUCUUAUGAUUAGGCCUUUCUUGAAGAUCUAAUUCAACAUUUAUAGAACAAAAUAUUGGAAAAUGAUCACUUCCAAUACUUGUACUUUCCUUUACCUUCCAUUCACAAGAGUUUUCCAGAUUAUUAUAAACGUAUUAGAACGUAUGUCAAUUCUUGUGCAAUUUCCAUUAUUUAAACAAACUAGUUGCCUAACAUCCAGUAGUUCUUCCACUGCUUCUCCAUUCCUAUCAGUAUGUAGUAGUAGUCUCCGCACCAUAUUUCUUUCCUGUUUCCUUGUCUCAUUAUUUCCUCUAAGAUUUCUAGGCUUAAUCAUUUACAAGGGUUAUAUAAGUUGAUUACCACUAAGUGCCCAUCUGAUUUAUAAAUUUCAGUAAUCACACAUUCUGUUUCUGUUGUAGUUCACUGAUUCUUGAGAAUUUGAAUAAAACAGUCUUUAAUUUUGAAAAGAAAUAAAAUGUAAUAUUAAGAAAUCUAAAUUUGUGUUUAUUGUACAAAAUCUCACCAAUCUACCAAUAUGUUGGUGCAACCCCUUGAUUUUGUAACUUUUUCAUAAAAUAUGUGUUUUGCCUGUAUUUACUUAGUUUUUGUCAACACCGUCAGACACAAUAAAACUCCAGUUAAUCUUUUUUUUAGUCUUUAUUUAGUCUUAUAAUGAUGAAGAGCUUUAAAAUCAUCAAAACACUGUAGAACUACAGUAUGUGUUGAAGAAACAAAAGGGAAAUGAUGUAUAGUAUAAAUAGAGGUCAAUGAAACAUUACAAUUGAUGUUACUAUUAUGUUCAUAAAUAGUAUUCCAUCCUCCUUUGAGGAUGAUUUGGAUGUUUUUGACAACACUGUCAAACUAUGUGUUACCACCAUCUGACGGUGUUGACGUCUGAUGGUGGUAACAUGACAUGCACGAGUUGUAUCCGGGAGCCAGCUUGUUUUAAGAAAAUAGUUAUAGUUCUCUUAGUGGGACAAGUGUUUGCCAAAAUCUCAAGAAUCAGUGAGUUGCUAUUCCUCCAAAUGUAUCCCAUCCCUUACAAAUGUUGUACAUACUCCACCUUGAUUUUCACCUCUAUCAAACCCAACAGACUCAUAACCAGGUUGCCCCCAAUAGUAGACGUCUGGCGAGCUUAUAAAGCUCUCUGUGGAUCGGAUCAAAAGCACAGGAUGAUGGGGACCCAGAGUAGUCCGGUCAAGAGUUACGAUUAUCUCCUGAAGUUUCUUUUGGUGGGAGACAGCGAUGUCGGAAAGGAGGAAAUCUUGGACAGUCUGCAAGACGGAUCAGUAGAGUCCCCCUAUGCCUACAGCAGUGAGCAAGGCAGAUUCUGCACCAUCUUCAGGUCUUACUCUCGUGGGGCACAGGACAUACUGCUCGUAUAUGACAUCACUAACGGCUGGUCAUUUGAUGGUAUUGACCGCUGGAUCUGGGAAAUUGAUGAGGAAAUCCCAUUCAUGGUUGACAAAGAAACAUGACAAAUGCAUGGG